UUCACUGAGCGAGCAUAUUGUGCGUGUAGUCGGUGUGACAUGGCUACGAGCAAUACAGAAGAAAUUGAGGAAGUUGAAGGGAAGGAGCAUGAAAUAACCAAUUUCGAUGAAUUUCCACCAGAAGUUUUAAUCAAACAUCCACUUCAACACACGUGGACCCUUUGGUAUUAUGAACCGGAUAGGAAUAAAUCAUGGGAAGAGAGCCAAAGGAAAAUCACAAGCUUCGAUACAGCAGAAGAUUUCUGGAGUUUGUACAACCAUAUCAAGGCUGCAUCUGAGCUAAGACAAGGUUGCGACUAUAGCAUGUUCAAGCAAGGAAUCAGACCAAUGUGGGAAGAUGAUGCCAAUAAACGUGGUGGAAGGUGGCUUAUAAACUUAGAUAAGAAACAAAGAGCCACAGAUUUAGAUCACUUUUGGUUAGAGACUCUUUUAUGUAUGAUUGGUGAAGCUUUUAAUGGAUACUCUGAUGAUGUUUGUGGAGCUGUAGUAAAUGUAAGGCCAAAAGGAGAUAAAAUUGGUGUAUGGACUGCAAAUGCUAGUAGUGAACAUAGUGUCAUAGAAAUUGGGCGUAAACUGAGAGAGAGAUUAAAAAUCACAUCAAAAGUAUCUAUAGGAUAUCAAAUACAUAAAGACAUUAUGCUCAAAGUAGGAAAUCAAACAAAGAAUGCUUAUGUUAUCUAAAAACUGUUGAUGUUGCAUUAAUGUCACGAUUUCUUACUUAUACAAAAAAAAACAUUAAACUGGAUUAAC